UUUUCUUCAAAUACGGUCCUGUAUACUGCAUCUAACUUCAAGUCUUGUUAAAAAUUUCAUAAACUAAAAUAAACUACCUUCAGGUUUGUAACCUAACCUAUUUCAAAACUAUUUUGACACGCGUGUAGUAAACAUCAAUAUAUAUAGUGGAGAAAGUGUUAGAGUGUAAUACAUUAGCUAUGGAGGAUGAACAUAAAAUAACGCCUGGAAGAUACACGAUUCUGCAGAGGCAAGGGUACACGAAAUUGUACAAGGUAAAGGAAAAUGGAACAGUUAUGAUUAGGCAUUUCACAGUUGAAACACAAAAUGCAGUGAAUGCAAAGUUCUUCGACCUAUUCCAAAUGAAGCCGAAGGGGAACUCCAGGAAAAUGUGCAAAUUGGAAAGGGUUACCUCUGUGGACGAUGACAUAAAGCAUACAGGUGGUUCAGGCAAUGAUAACCGAAACAUCAUAGAUGAUGGGACUUCCCAGACCCUAACAAAAGAACAAAUUGAGGAGCUUCAGGAUGGCUCAAAAUCAUCAGUAGAAAUAGUGAAUCAACUGAUUGCCAAUUCCAAAACGUUUUCAUCAAAGACUGGAUACAGCCAGGAGAAGUACAAGUCCAAGAAACAGAAGAAAUAUUACGAGUACAUUUAUUUCCGCAAACCGACGAUUCGCAUUUUAGCGCAGAUGUUUUACCGACAGGACCCCACGAAAGUUUUAGGCAUCCGCACCGAUGAUCUCUCGCAAAUCCUAGCCUACGCCAAUAUUCAAACAGAUGGAAAAUACAUAUUGUUUGAUAGCGGAACUUCUGGUUUGAUGACUGCGGCGAUUUUAAACGCAAUUGGCGCGAACACUAGCGGGAAAUUAGUUCACAUGCAUCCAGGCAACGAAUGCCAGAAAGUCGCUGUUCAAGCGAUGGAUUUCCCUCAAGAGCAAUUGAGCAGAUGCAUCAAUGUUAACAUCUAUUCAGUUUUGCGUUGCUUUUACCAGAACAGCGAAGAGAAUAUGCUCAAGAGGAAGUUGCCUUUGGAAGAAGAAGAGGUGGUGCAAAAGAAAAUGAAACUGGAUGAUGAUGUAGAAGAAGGUAUAAAGGAAGUAGUUGUAGCAACAGAAGAAGUGGAAGCAAGCAACAAGAACGAAGUAUCUAACGGCAAAAAGACGCCCGGUUGGCAGAUCGAAAACGCGAAAGCUUGCGAACUCCUGCGCGAAGGUGUUGACGGUUUAAUUAUAGUGGCCAAAGAACAUCCCGCGUCUAUUGUCAAAGAGUUGACGCAAUUCCUGAACGUAUCGAGAAACAUGGUCGUCUUUCAUUUAUUGCGAGAACCGCUUCAAGACAUUUACAUCGACUUAAAGAAAUCCUUAGAGUUCGUCAACAUCAAAGUGUCCAACAACUUCGUCAGGAAUUAUCAGGUCCUUCCGGACCGGACUCAUCCUUUAGUGAAUAUGAAUUCUGGAGGACACAUAUUGCACGGCCAAAAAGUACAAUCAUGAUCUUUACAAUUUUCGGUUAUUUUGUAUUACGUGAUUCGGAAACCGCAUUAAUCAAAAUAUUUAAACAUUAAUAAAAAAAGAAAACUGCCCACGAAAACACGACGCGCCACAUAUAUGUAAAGACUGCAAUCUCUUGUAUUGUAGAUGGAAGCUUAUAAUAAGAUUGACUAAUAAAUUUGAAAAUAAAUACCUGCGUAAAAAA